UAAAAUGUAUAUAAAGCAUGAAAUGUUGAUUCGGUGUUUAUUUUCCGUGUUAGAAAUUGUAAAGAUGUUUAAAACAAUUGUUAUAAUUUCAUUGGCGCUAAUGGCAGCCGCAGCCUAUACGGAACAUGAGAGUUAUAACAACCGCCAUCUUUCUUCACAUCACAGAAAUGCUCACAGAGAAUUACACGUUCAUCUUCACGUGCAUCAAGAAGAGGACCAUCACCAUUCUUCGGAUCACGAACAAUGUCACGAGGCCGCAGCCGAGCAUUUUGCUCACUGUGAAGUUAGACCGAAUUCUCUCCUCAGUGAUUUUGUUCAUCAAAUACACGGAAGUAUCAAAAUGUCACAGAAGGGCCACGGACCACUGACCAUGAAGAUUGGCCUCAGCGGUUUUAACGUUAACGCAGAGUCAAACCAUGAUAAACAUGGCUUCCACAUUCACGAGUUUGGAGACCUAAGUAACGGUUGUGAUUCUGUGGGAGAAAUGUAUCAUGUUCGAGAUAGCGGAUACCAUAGUCAUUCAGGCGACCUUGGAGAUUUAUUCCAUGACGAAUAUGGAUACGUUAAUGAUACGAGGAGUUUUGAUUGGAUAUCGAUGGACCAUCAUGACGGAAUCUUAGGACGCUCAUUGGUUAUAUAUCAAGGAAAUCAUAGCAGUCACACAGGAGCGCUUGCUUGUUGUAUAAUUGGUCGCUGUCAUGGUCACUGAGCGAUUGUCGUGAACAUAUUACAUUAAGAGUAUUUCUUGUAACUUGUUUGGAGUUUAUUCCUUCAUGGAGUCGGUUUGCCGGAGCUGGGCGGACGUUGUAGGAAAACAACCUUACAAUUCGAGAGUGAUUACUUUUGACACUAUUAAACUGCUAGAUCGUUGAAUGUAUUGACGGAUUGUUCUGUACUUCACAUUUAAUAAAUAUUCAAG